GUAGAAGAAGAUGGAGCGUUGACAAGAAGAACCCCCGUGGCUGUAGUGAGGCUCCAGUGGUGCUUGGUUUGUUUGUUUUUUUUUAUUGGUCGGGCUUUGAACGUGUCGUCGUGUGACUGUGUGUUUUUUAGGAAAUCGUCAAGAUGAUUCUUACUGUGAAACCGCUUCAAGGGAAAGAAUGCAGCGUACAGGUGACUGAGGAUGAAAAGGUCUCCACAGUGAAGGAACUCGUGUCAGAGCGUCUCAACAUACCAGCAAACCAGCAGAGGUUGCUCUAUAAAGGGAAAGCACUUGCAGACGAACACAGACUGAGCGACUACUCCAUCGGGCCGGAGGCCAAGCUGAACCUGGUCGUCCGUCCAGCAGGAGAGAGGAGUGGGGCUGCAGGGACGGCUAGCAGCAGCAGCACCAGUGCACAUGGAGGGGUGUGGCAGACUCUGUCCACUGUCCUCGCUAAACACUUCAGCCCUGCAGAUGCAGCCAAAGUCCACGAGCAGCUUAUCAAGGAUUAUGAACGUUCACUUCGACAGCUCAGUCUUGAUGACAUUGAGCGUUUGGCUGGAAGACUGCUGCACCCAGAGGGAGAAGGCAUGGACACUUCAUACAUGGACUGACAGUGUGCCUGAGAGGAGAUUGCUUCUUGUGAUUGUCAUUGGAGAGGUGCUCCGUGCUUGGAGAUGCAUACAGUGUUUUGAGAGUAAGGCAUGGAGAAUACAGAAUAAAUUUUCUUGCAGAGAGCCCCCGGCCUAAUCAGAGGCUGAGUCUACAUGGAUAAAACUGACUUCUCAGCAAUAGGGCUUUCAUAUCCUUGGCCAAAGGGUGCGGAUAAAAAAAAAAAAACUUGGCUUCUUUGUUUUGGUCCUGUCAUUGAUGUUACAGAUAAUGACACCAGACCUGAUCAAACAAGAUUUGAAUACAAAGAAAUCCAUUUUGGCUGUUGGUUUCACAUGAUCUCUGGCUGCUAAAACUCCCAGGGGACACUAACUUCUACUGGAGGAUAUUUAUUAGUAAUGUCUGUGUUGGAUGAUGACCGAGUGUCUUCUGUUAACCAUCUGUGUGAAGGUAAUACCUGUUUUAUUUGAUAACUAACUGGUGAUCGUUGUAUGAUUUGUAAAUAUUGUGUUUAUAUACAAACAUUAAAACAAAUAAAACAAUGGCUUUUGUU